AUGUAUGUGAGUGCAUUCAUUCAUGUGCAUGUCGUAGAGCGUGUAACGUCCUAUGUACAAGACCACAGUGCAGUAGGUGGCGAAUACAGGUGCCUGAGGGAAAGUGAGAAUCCAUGCAGUCAAGUCGACAAAGGGAAUGUAAACACAAAGAGCAAUUUCACACAUAUAUAUGAACUGUUUCAUCUUCAGAAUCGCAUAUAUAGGGAUGUUGAUGAUAUCUUCACAGAGGUAACAACUGUAAUUAGCCGUAGGAAUGGCUGGAAUAGUGGCAUCUGCGGAGAGUUAUAUAGUGGAGCGGAUGAUAGAUUAUGCAUUAGUAGAUGUGAGGUCUUGGGCCAAAUAUAUGGAAAUAGUAGUGACCACCGAGAUAUAAUAGAGAAAGUUCGCGGGAAGUUACAGCAAGGAGCAACAAUAUUAAGGGGACCGAUUGAACCGGCACUGUGCGAAGAGAGGGAUUAUGGUAAAUUCAUAUUCGGGUCAGGAAUUAUUGGACAGCACAUAGGGGACCGCCUGCAAGAAUGGAAGAAAGGUUCCGUAAUAGGAAAAGCUACAAGUGGACACGGGGCAACAGCAAAAUGCAGGUGGCAGGAUACAGAGACGAAGAACGAGCAACAGCCGGAGAGUACUAAGCAAUGUAUAGCAACGGUGCAGGCAGCGAAACAUGAUGAGGAUACAAAAGAACUCAUGGAAUUAAUUGACGUAAAUAUCACGGCCCCGUCCAUGCAUCUUAAGAGACUAAUACAGCAGAGUUUGGAGCCGCGUACAAGGUGUACUAUGAGGGAAAAAAUAAGGAAGAACGUACAAGAAAAAGUAUGGGACAUUGGUGAAACUGUAAGAACGGGGAAACCACGAACGAAAGGAACUUCCAACACACUGGAUCCAGCCUCUAACCCGCGGCGCCCACGCCCUGGAAUAGGACCAGGAAGGAAACCCAAACCACCGCUGAAGGAGUCGAAACCCUCGAAGCCGAAGUCACAACCUUCGGCACCAAAAGACCGGAAAACAGCACAGUCCAUACCAUCCGCAGGAGGUUCAGGCGACGGGCCACAGGCACCUAAACCCGCCCCGGCCAAACCAGCACCUCCUGCCAAACCAGUAGCGGCGAAACCGCCGGACUCGGGAACGAAGAAAACGGUAACGACGACAACGGGCGGUGCCAUGACGACGACAUCAUCUGGUGGUGGUGGUAAGGGUGGUACGCCUAGUACGGCAGUUGCCGUAGGAGGUCAGCACGAGAACGGGAACAUGGCGAACCCGCAGGACAAGGAGUGUACAGGAGAAAGAAUAGUGCAGCAAGGGCGUAACGCGGUGUACGUGGUGCCUCCACGUGAUGAUAACGCAUGGAACAAGUGGAAGCAAGUGUUGCAGGCAUUUACGGAAUAUAUGCAGGACCACAACGACCUCAAUGAAGCAUAUGGUGCAAACUGUUAUAAUACUGGUUGGAAUGAUUUCGGCAAGGGCAAUGACAGUCAUACGCAACAAAGAGUAGCAGAUGUCGUACGGUGCAGAGUUAUGAGUGUUGCAUGGGCCUUCGCAAAUGGGUGGGGCCAUAGCGCAAGCGCUAACACGGACGGGGUCGACAUCACGCCGGAAGAAAAGGAUAUGUUCAGGUGUGAAGUGGUAAAUAUCUUUGGACAUUUACUGAAGGAGAAGUAUUGUUCAGAGCAAAAAGGAUACAAGAGGGGCGUAGAGUAUUCUCGGAUAGCAUUCAGGGAUAUGAAGAGCGCGGGCAUAAAUGGAGUGGGAGCGAUCAACGGUCCCGUUAUAGAAGGCAGGUGUACAGCAUGUGGGUACCAAGGGCAUGAAAGGUGGGCACACGCAAUAAAUUUGAAAGUCGUAGAGUGGCUCAUGCACCACGGGGAAAUAAUGAACGAAAUAGCACAAAUGGAGCAGGCAAUGCCGUGUACAGAAAGAUGGACAGAUUAUAUUAAGCAGAUAGACCACCCGCACAACCCUAUUAAGGAUGGGAACACAGAAGGGCGCACGCUCAAAGAACGUUUGAGCGAAGAAGGGCAGAGGAAAAUACAGGACGCAGAGCAGCAGCUGGAAGGAGCGGUAACAAAGAUAAUUGAGAACGUCGCGAAAGAUACAGACGACAUACUGCAGCAAGCACAGGAGGCGUUUCAGGACGUGCCGAAGAACGCGCACAAGGACGCCACCGAAACGACACCAGGUGCGAAGCCGAUGGCGACAACACCAGCGACGCCGAAACCGGUAGCAGGAGGCACACCAGGACAGGGAACAGGAACAGGAGGAGACGUAGCAAGGAAGGACGAUGACGAACAACCUCCAGCAAGACCACCACCACCUCCUCCACCAGAACCCGCACGUCCAGCGGAGAACACAGGCGCACCGGGUGAUGCAGGACCAGCUGGUCCACAGGGAGAAACUGGAGCAAAGGGUGAACCAGGUCCAACCGGACCAAAGGAGGAUCACGCAUCAGGGGCAGAUGCUGGACCAGCUCCAGAUAGUAAAGAACCACGACAACCGGGAUCGUCCGCGGUUGAAGACUAUAAGAGCAUAUGUGAACAAACGGACUCCGGUCCACAGAGCACUACUGUAAUAUCCUCCGGUGCUUCAAGUGUUAGUAUUACGCCUGUUAAUUACAAUUAUGGGGCGGAAGCACCAUGUAAAAUUCUGCAGGAACUCGCAAAACAGGAGGAAAGAGCAAAGUCCACCCCGAAAACUGUGGAGAACACAAAAAAUGCUACACGAGACCGUGCUCCCAGCGGGGAAACUAAUGUACAAGGUGAUACUGUUCCGGCGGGUACAGUAGAUGGGAACCCGCAGGAGGCAGCAAAGGCGGCAUCACCUACAACACCAGCACCGGCAGAAGAGAAAGCCAAGGAACCACCACCACCAUCUGCACCGGCACCAGGGCCGACACCAUCAACAGGAACAGCAACAGACGGGACUAAGCCUCCUACGCACGAUGGUGAUCCCGACGCCAAUGAUGUUGCUGAUGGUAUAAAGAACACUGCAGAUUUUGGAUUCGGAUUAGACCUGAACCCCCUCAAAGCAAAAGGUGAUUUAGGUGGAUCAUAUGGUCUAGGUACCCCACAGGGUCCACGGGGCGUACCCCCCAGUCCAAAGGCGGAUUCUUCAAACGUUCCUCCUGCCCUUGAUGCUCCGACCCUAACUUGGGAGGACCUCAUCCCCUACACCCCCGCGAUCAUUCCAGCGGUGGUUGGUAUCGGGAUCAUUGCGUUCUUCCUAUGGAAGUAUUUUGCCUUCCUCGGACACAAACGACGACGAACAUAUCGAACCGUUCGUGACAUCCCGUCACCUCCACUAGACGAAGAAAUUCUAGACCAUCUACAACGUGGCGAACUGCCGCCACCCGAUUACGGUUACACGAUGGUUAGGGCACGACGUCGCGAUAAAUUUGCCGACCGACGACGACGUCAUCCACGCGUGCAUAAGCGCACGAUCAUCGAGCUACAUCUAGAAGUUCUCAACGAAUGUGAAGCGACCGAAUGGGAAAACGUCAAAGACGAAUACUGGCAGAUUGUCGUGGAGGAGUUUUCGCGUGACUUGGCGCAGGAUUUGAUGCGGGACGGAAAGGGGUAUAGUAGUUCCUUGGAUGCUCCUAGCACAAACCAGGGUUAUCCAGGGAUCAAUGUUUCCUCCACCCUCGAUCGACCCACUGACAUCGAACGAACGGACCCUUGUCGCCCUAACGAACAGGACCCCGAUGCAUGGAAUUGUAUGGAAACUAAACAGUUAGCAACGGGCCCUUGUGCACCGCAUGAACACGAUCCCGAUCCAUGGAGUUGUAUGGAAAACAUACAGUUAGAAACGCACCCUUGUCCACCGCAUGACCCGGAUCCAUGGAGUUGUAUGGAAACCAUACAGUUAGCACCGGGCCCUUGUGCACCGCAUGCACACGACCCCGAUCGUUGCAGUAGUAUGCAACACAUACAGUUAGCAACGGACCGUUCUGCACCUAACGAAGAUGACCGAUGGAAUUGUAUGGAAAACAUACCGUUAGCAACGGACCCGUCUCCACCGAAUGAACAUGAUCCAUGGAAGUGUAUGGAAACCAUACAGUUACACGAUGAUCAACAUCGCCCUUUCGACCACGGUGACGAGACGUUGGACUGCAUCCAUUGGAUUAACUGGAUUGACCGCAACAAGUACUUUUUGCGGGAGUGCACGACGCAAACGCGGUUUUUGCAAUUAAAAGCGGAUUGGAAACAAUAUUAUCAACAACAUGCGACAAACGACGCAUUUGGUGUGAACAGGAAAGCCGCAACCAUGGACAGCAAGAAGCACGCAUGGAAAGAAUGGGUUGCAAAACAACAUCGGCAAAUGCGUAUGUAUAACGCGGAGGCGUGGUUUCAACGUUUGUUGAAUACUGUGGUGGAGGAGACACAAUCGCACAAAGGCGAAGUACCUGGAGUUGAAACAGACGUAGAAGUGGAAAACGUCAUGGCCGCAGAAGAUAUGCUCAGAGUGAGAGAUUUACCGCGGUCGCAACCACUGCAUAAGCAACCUUACAUGAAAAAACCGUUAACCGCUCAAACAUGGAUACUGAUCCUGGCAUUAAUCAUUGAGGCGUGCGAGCUCGAGAAUAGUAUGCACGAUCGGGAGUUAUAUGUGGAUGCUUUAUUACAGAAUAUGUGA